AAGCAUAUCAAUGGUUUUGUUUCUCCAUCUCGCCAUAUACAUUCGAGAAAUAAAGUAGUGCAUGUAGCCAGUUUUCAGAAUGAAGUUGAAUGACGCUGUGGUGCCUGGAAAUAGAAUGUUUACUUGUUUGUAACGCAGGAGUUGUUACUUGUGGAACCAAAUAGAAAAAAAAUGAAAAACCACAGAGAGCUUGAAUAGAACACAGAAACAGAAUAAUGUUGAUGAAAGAAGGAGGUAGCUGUUACACAUACGUGGUGUUGCUAGCCACAACAAUAACAGCAACAAUAUACAUUGGAGGAGUGACUUCUUUCGGUAUUAUAUACAAGGAGCUGCUAGAUUUCUACCACACCAGAUCCGGAGAUACUGCAAUGAUCCCAAGUCUUUCUAACUUUCUAAGUUUUGCAGUGGCGCCGUUUGCUAAUUAUGUCUCAGAAGUCUUCUUCACCUUCCGGUCUGUCAUGAUGAUUGGUGGAUUUCUGGCGUCUCUCGGAAUGUUUCUCAGUGCUUUUGUUCCAAGAAUGGAGUACUGGAUCAUUACCUAUGGAAUUUUAUCAGGUUUUGGUUUUGGAUUGGUUUACAGUCCAUGUUUUACUGUGGUGAACUUUUACUUCAAAAGACGACGUGCUCUUGCAAUAGGCAUAGUACUGCUUGGAACGGGAAUAGGAUCUGUUUUGUUUCCAAUAUUGUACAAGUUUCUGAUCCAAACUUACGGAUUACGUGGUGCAGUCAUUGUGAUCAGUGGUUUGUCGUUGAAUUUAUGUGUUUGCGCAGCCCUCAUUAGGCAACCGAAAGAACUUACAAAGAAAAUUGCGCUAAUACAUCUUCAAUCUAAAUCUGGACAUAAUGUCUCUCAGGAGAAAGUUGCUGUGUUGAGAGAAUCUGUUCACAAUCACAUAGAUAAUCACCCGAAACGACCUCUAUUUAAUUUUUAUUUAUUCCAUAACGCUUCCUUUGUAAUUUACACCUUAGCUUUUAUGUGUAAUAUUUUGGCAUAUUUAUCUAAUUUCGUCAUUAUACCUGGUCAUGCUAGGAUACAAGGAAUGACCAAUGCUGACAUUGCUGUAUUUUUAUCCACUAUUGGCGGAUCAAUGAUUUUUGCUCGUCCAAGUAUAGGAUGGCUUGCAGACUCUAAACUCAUCCAGAAAAGAAACAUCAUAGGAACAUGUGCUUUUCUCGGAGGAAUAUUUUCUCUUGCUUUACCUUGGAUACAAGGAUAUUGGUGGAUGAUAGUCUACUCGGUAGCCGUUGGGAUUUUUCCUAGUUCUUUCUUCAUGUUUAUUCCUCUGCUGUUAUUAGAGAUAGUUAGUCUGGAGAACCUUCCACAAGCUCAGGGACUGUUGUACCUUUGUCUGUCUGUUUCUGCAGGUUUAUCACAACCGGUUGCAGGUUGGAUAAAAGAUUCGACAGGCGACUGGAACACUUCUUUCCAUGUUUCUGGAGCCAUAAGUAUUUUGGCUGGUGUACUAUUCAUGUCGGAACCAAUUUUACGUAGAUGUUAUCGAAAACAGAAUGCUGACAAUGACAAUCAGUGUGAUGAGACAAGUGGAAAUCACAACUUGUGAAGGACAUGAUGUCAUUUUAUGAUUGAAUAUAACUGAUUCAUAGGGUAUUUGUAAGUCCCAAACCGGCGAAACUUGAGAGGAACUGUGUCUCUGUCCGUCCGCCAAAUAUUUUUUUAUUGUUUUUACUGCAACUUUGAGAUAGUGAUUUUAGUACAAGUUACCUUUCUGUUUAGUGGAGUUGUAGAUCAAAGUUAAAGUACAUAGAAUCUUAUCCUUCUUUAGAGGAUUCAUGUGAUUCUAUGAUUUUCUCAGCUAUUUUAGGCUUUAUUGAAGCAGAUUCAGCAAAUUAGGGGAUAUUAAUUUUAACCCUACAAACCAUCGCAUAAUUACAGUCUAUAUAUGAAGCCUCAGACUUCUCGGAUUAAGUUUCAAGUAAACAACCUGUAUGAAUGAAUGCAAUAUGAAGAUUUAAUGGGAUAAGUAGAUGACGUGGAAAGCUUUGACAACAAAACUCUAAAUGUGCUUGUUUUUUUUUUUUCUUUUUUAAAAAAAUUAGAUAAUUUGAUAUUAACUGCUAUUGAUACUUGGCCUAAGAUUGCGUACUAUGGAUUGGAAAGGGGUUUCGGGGAUGUGGGAGAAAAUGAAGGAGUUGAUGAGAAGUGGGAGGGAAACUGGAAUUUCUAAUUAAUGUACGACCUUUCUAGUGUGCUUUUAAUAAUAAAAAUCAUUUCAUUACAUUACCUGUGAAAGAUCUUUUCGAAUGUGCUAUGAUUCUUAACAAUCAAGUUUGAACCCCCUUUCCAACACCAUAGCUUUUGCAGCACCUGAAGAGGCAAGGAAUUGAUAGUACAUCUGUUAGACUAGAAAUACAGCUUGAUAUUCAAUGAAGCAUUGCACUCCAACAAUAAACCCUGAAAAUGGGGGAAUAUAA